AUGGAGAAGCUCUCCCUCAUCACUGCAGUUUGUCCUCAGAGGAACAUACAGAAGCUCUCCCUCAUCACUGCAUUUGUCCUGAGGAACAUAGAGAAGCUCUCCCUCAUCACUGCAGUUUGUCCUCAGAGGAACAUACAGAAGCUCUCCCUCAUCACUGCAUUUGUCCUGAGGAACAUAGAGAAGCUCUCCCUCAUCACUGCAGUUUGUCCUCAGAGGAACAUACAGAAGCUCUCCCUCAUCACUGCAGUUUGUCCUGAGGAACAUGGAGAAGCUCUCCCUCAUCACUGCAGUUUGUCCUGA